AGGGUCUGAUUUUCAUCACAUACUUUUCCAAUCUUGAUUUGUGGAGAGAAGUGAGAGUAAAUUGGGCGGAAGAGGGAAGGGAGAGCAUUGCCAUCUCAUACUCUCGGUUUUCAUAUCGGAGAAUCAUUGCAUCGUAGGGACAGCACAGAAAAACUGCUGCAGUGCCGAAUGAUGUGGUCGGCUUCGACGGAAGGAAGAGGGGAAGCGAAGAUUUGAUUGGGAGGCAGAGGGAAAAGAGAGCAGUAAAUUUUUCGGUUCGGAGUGUGGGGUUCAAGAUGGGAAUGAAGGAGCCAGAAGUGGAUUUGUUCGAGCAAGGUCGAGAAGGCGGUGGACGUGCCUGUGCUGAUUCCAGUGGUUGAGAUUUGAGAAGAGCUGUCAAAGAAGGUUGGCGUGGGGGAUGAGGCAGGGUGGAGAAUGACCUAGUCCAUCAACAAUGCAGAUGGCGAUCAGGACGGUGACGCACCCGUUGAGCUGAUGAUGACGAAUGUAGCGUUGUUUGCUAUAGGUUUUUUGGGGCAGUGGCUUAGAGUACAUCCAAAUCUCACCCUUCUGUUAGUAGUUUGCCAGUUGCACACAACGUCCCAGUCGGCAAGGGAGAGGCUGCAGUUUUUCAGGGUGAAGAGGAACCUGAGAGUUUGAAAAGCCAAGAUGAAGUAACCUUCGUGUUAAGCGUACUCAUACACAAGCAGCUCAGGUCAUGACAAAUGUGCUGGAGUAUGGCUCAAACUUAGAAGCUUACCCUACUCUUCUUUGCCCUUUGCAUGAUCGCUCUUUGCAUGUGGUUUCUUCAAAAUCAUUACUUCACAGCAAUGCACGGAUCUCCAGGAAGCGACAAGUCACUUUACUACAGUUAUUGGACAGGGACCAUUUGGAUCUGUUAAUACAUGUUUGGCCAGCUUGCUAGGUUAGUGUGAUAGGUUGCUCAAUGUUUGUGCUUUUGGGUAACUACAAUGAAUCAAGUUAGUCAAUUUUGGGAUGAACCCUCUUUGCUAGAUUAGUGCGACAAAGUUAGUGUCAUCCACAGAGGUAGAGGGAAGGGAGGGGUUUAGAGUCCGAGCAUGGUCAAGAAGAACCACAUCAGGGAUAGAAACAACUUAAACGCCGUUAAUGAAGGCCACUGAUGUAUUUGAAGGAAUGAAAGGAAGGUCCAUUGGCUGCAUUCUGCAACAUGGUGCUGCUGUGUUGAUCUUUUACUGCUGGUUGUUUACCUCUGUAGAACCUUUGGCCAAUAGCCAUAGGAGUUGAACUUGGAAAACAAGCUUUUUUGCUGAGAAUGCUCCUUUUAUUGGAAAAUACAAAUUUGAUUGGUUUAUCCUUUCGUGGAAGUCAAGGUGGAGAACUGGAUGAUGGAAUAGCAAAGAAUUUCAAGGAUGAAUUCCAGAUUCAGGGUCAGGCCACCAAGAGCGCUGCUAGCAAGCGUUGUUUCUACAAAACAUGCAGGUUGCUUUCGCUGACUCAUGGUACGGAAUGCUGUUGAAGAAAAUUUAUUCCGAAUGUGAAGUAUAUAUAAUAUAUGGAGUCUGCAAUAGUCUGUAGUUGAAUCCAUGAUGAUUUCUCCUCACUUCGCUGAGCUCAAUGGUUCUUUUUUUCAUGGGGAGAUGUGGGUUUAUUUUCUCAUAAGCAAUAUAUUAUUUUCAAAAGAUACUAAACAUGUUAAAAUGACUAAACAUGUCAUUGUCGAAACAUUUCACGUGAUGUAGCCAUAAAUGUCGAUAUAUUUCCCAC